AUCAUGACGUCACACAGGAAAAAAUCGGAUUAGACUACGUGCAUCAUGCGUUGAAGAGACAUCAUGCAACUGCCUUUCUUUUUUAUGGUUCCCAUAGAGUUUCACUCGUACACCCGUUGAUCCCUCUGUCUGCGUGACUAAACCCCGCGAAAACUGGCUUCAAGGCUGGAAUGAACGUAGGUCAAACUCUUUUAAAAUUCUUUCCGGAUCCGUAUGCCACAUUUCGCUCUCAGUAUACGAUCCACAAGUCGUCGAGCACAGUCCCUUCGGUUCCACCCGAGUGUACCUCACAACAUACCCCCUUUCCCCGUAAAGUACAAAUUAAAAUACUUAAGGUGAUAAAUAAAAUAUGUUUAUGUUACUUUCUAUUAAGAACAAUCACGUUACCUUUCAAAGAGAAAUAAAAUAUCUUAUAGGGCGAAGCUAUGAGAGUCCUGUGCCGAGCAUGGCGUUUUUUACAUUUUUGAAUUUCGUUUAUUCCACUGUGAAUCUCAUGAUAUGACAGGACGCAUUGAAGGGGAGACAAAUUUGAGGAAAUUGGACCAACCGCGAGGAAUGAAAUUGUCGAUUUUCAAACGAGCGAUCCCAUGGAUAUUGAUUGCGUGUGUUCUCAGCAGUUUGAGAGACUGUUCAGCGAGUUCUCGUGCUUUGUCAAGAAGCAAUGUAUCAGAUGGUCGAGUGGUGUACUCGCUUCUAGCUCCUUCGAAGGCGACUCCAGAGUUCGCCGGGUUGCAGACUCUCCAGGCGCGGUGCAUGGAAAUGCUGACGGCCGGCCUGAAUGCAAACAGGGCGAUGACCAAUACGAUGGACCAAUACGGGAGAAUAAUGGGGGCUGCGAUGGGGGCGGCCUUGAGUCGUUCCGCGUCCGCCAGGGCCGCAUCUCGGAGAGGGCGCCAGAGCAGAACGACCUUUGAUCAGUGGACCUACUACAUCCGGCCCCCGGGUGGUGGCCGCCCCAUCAGGAGGUCCGUCACAUCGCGGAGCAGCAGUAGAAGCGGAUCCCGUAGCUCUCGGAGCAGUCCAUCUCGUAGUUCCAAAAGAAGCGUCUCUGGACGUAGCGUCUCUAAGAAAAAAGGUGGGAGUUCGUCAUCUUCAUCCCGAUCCAAGAAGAAGAAACGAUCCUCAUCGAGCAAGAGUCGGAGUCGUUCAUCAGAGCAGAGAGCUCGCAAGCAAAGGCCGAUCUUCCCUCUGCGGAACCAGAACCUCGAUUUCGGUCCCAACCCCAACUUCCUCCAGAGGAAAAAGCGUGAAGAGGACGACGACGAUGACUACGACGAUGAUGACGAGGAGGAGGAAAGAAGGCGCGAAUUGUUGCGUAGAGCAGAAAUGGAACGCCAGAGACAGGCCGCUCUCUUUAACCAAAAUCGACCUAAUCAGCCUGACUUCGACAGGGAUCGCUUCGAGCGGGAGCAAGCUCUUCUUAGAAAUCGACCGCGGCAGGAGGAAGCGGUCCCACAGGAGUUGCUCGACCUUAUUCAGCCUGCAUUUCGGCAAGAGCCUCGACGGGAAUUCACACGAUUUGAGCAACGUUCGCCAGAAAGACGAAGAAUUCAGGUGCCGGUUACGAGGACCAAUGGCGAACCACUGCAGGGCCUACAAGACCCGCCAGGGCAGCUCCUCAGAAAACCGCCCAGAAUGAUGACGGCGUCGGGCAACCCGGAGGAUUUAGCCCGAAGUAUGUUGGAUUUUUGAAGGAUCGCAUAUUGCGUCUAUUAAUCUAUUUAGUAAGUUGGAUGAUUAGGCCAAUGGAUGCGGAUUUUUCAAAAGAUGUUUAUUUUAUUAAAUUCAUUUCAGCCCGAUGAGCCGUCUGUAGCAGUGGUGACAGUGGGCCUGCUGUUGCAAACUUCAGCUAGAGCGAAAAGAAGAGUUGUCUCUCACAGAAAAUGACUCAAAAAUCACGGUGAGCACACAAUCUGCGGAAGCAAUAUGCGUUCUUUAAGCUUCCCGCUUCAAAAUCGUUUUUACUGCACAGGUGAUUCGUAAGAUGAGUCGUUCCAUCCAACCCUUAUUCAUAGAGUGUAAUUCAAGUGGAAGAUCUGGCGCCACUUUUAAGCAUUUUCCAGGUCCCGAAUUCCGAGAUUCCUGUGCGGCGCCGGGUCCCUUUUUCGAUGCAUUAUCGAUUGUUUGCGAUACACGGGGACCCGGCCAUAUACCACGCCGCCAUUUUGGAUCGAAUAUGUAUCGAAAAAGUGACCGCGCACAUCGGGCUAGGAACCCGUAGAGCGGAACAUGGCGCCAGCUCUCCCACUUACAUUACGACUCUAUGUACCUCUACGUUACUAAUUACGGAUGCUAGGACGUAGUGAGUUUUUGGA